UAGCUUUCCACAUAAACCCUAUCACCACCGCUCACAACACUCGCAUCAAACACUUGUCUCCUCUCCCCUUUGUCUCUCCCUCUCUCGAGUCUUGAUAUAACUAAGAAAUGGGGCUGUUCUGCAAUGGAUUCUCUCUGUUUCUGAUAGUUUGCUCCAUGGUGGUGGUUGCUUCUGGUAGUUUCUAUCAGGAUUUUGACUUGACAUGGGGCGACCACCGUGCAAAGAUAUUCAACGGAGGACAGCUCCUCUCCCUGUCUCUAGACAAGGUUUCUGGGUCUGGAUUCCAGUCCAAGAAGGAAUACUUGUUUGGGAGGAUUGAUAUGCAGCUCAAACUUGUUGCCGGCAACUCUGCUGGCACUGUAACAGCCUACUACUUGUCUUCUCAAGGAGCAACACAUGACGAGAUCGACUUCGAGUUCUUGGGGAACCUCAGCGGCGACCCUUACAUUUUGCACACUAAUGUGUUCACUCAGGGGAAGGGAAACAGAGAGCAGCAAUUCUAUCUCUGGUUUGACCCCACAAGAAACUUCCACACUUACUCCAUCAUCUGGAGCCAACAACACAUCAUUUUCUUGGUGGAUAAUUUUCCCAUAAGGGUGUUCAAGAAUGCCGAAUCAAUUGGAGUUCCUUUCCCCAAGAGCCAGCCCAUGAGGAUUUACUCCAGCCUCUGGAACGCCGAUGACUGGGCUACAAGAGGCGGGUUGGUGAAGACGGACUGGACGAAGGCACCCUUUACAGCUUACUACAGAAACUUCAAAGCUGAUGCCUGUACUUGGUCCUAUGGCACUUCUUCCUGUGGUUCCAGGUCUUCCAGUUCUUUCUCUGAUCGUGCAUGGCAUACCAACGCCCUCGAUGCUCCAAGCAGAAGAAGACUGAGAUGGGUCCAGAAAUACUUCAUGAUUUACAACUACUGCGCUGACCUAAAACGCUUCCCUCAAGGUCUCCCUCCUGAGUGCAGACGCUCAAGAUUCUGAGAGGUUCAUGGAUCAUGAAACCUUUCUUGAAAUUUAUGAUAUCCGAGCCCAUGGUUGAAGAUACAUUGCAUAUACCCUGCACUCCACGCUACAGUUGGCCUGAUUCAAGGCCAAAAUAAAAUCCAAUUCUUUUGUUUUUGUUUUUAUAAUUACCUACCUUUUUCAUGUUGUUGAUGGCUGUAAAUUCUACCCCAGAUAAUAAAGCUUCUUGUUUGAGUUUAGUUUUUCUAAA